ACGAUAGUUGGUUCGAUGAGCACAAUUGAUCCUCCAGUAGCACUGGCCGACCCCUCCAACCAGCCAUCUGUUGAUUACAUCCUACAAGUUGCAAGCAAGCAGGACUUCAACUUUACACCAGAGUUCUAUAUGCACACUGAAACAUUAUGGAAGGACAAGGGGGUGAGGGCAUGCUUCGAGAGGUCCAACGAGUACCAACUGAUUGAUUGUGCCAAAUAUUUUUUAGAUAAAACAAACGAUUUAAAGUCAUCAGACUACAUGCCCACGGAACAGGACAUAUUAAGGUGUCGCGUCUUGACAUCUGGAAUUUUCGAAACCAAAUUUUCUGUAGAUAAAGUUAAUUUCCACAUGUUUGACGUUGGUGGCCAGAGAGACGAGCGACGCAAGUGGAUCCAGUGUUUCAACGACGUGACAGCCAUCAUCUUCAUAACUGACUGCAGCAGUUACAACAUGGUCCUCCGUGAGGACAGCACGCAGAACAGAAUGAGAGAGUCACUCGAUCUUUUCAGCACCAUCUGGAACAACAGAUGGUUGCGCGCCAUAUCGAUCAUAUUGUUCCUGAACAAGCAGGACCUGCUGGCGGAGAAAGUUAAGGCUGGCAAAUCAAAGAUUGAAGAUUACUUCCCUGAGUAUGCUGAUUACGUAACGGAUUUACAACCCGAUGCCAAUGAAGAUCCUGAAGUUGCCAGAGCCAAGUUCUUCAUGAGGGAAGAAUUCCAAAAAUUAGCCCAAUCCGACGGUCGGCACUAUUGUUAUCCUCACUUCACGUGUGCAGUUGAUACGGAGAACAUUCGACGAGUGUUUAAUGACUGUCGAGAUAUCAUUCAACGCAUGCACUUACGCCAAUACGAACUUCUUUGA